UUCCAAGGACUCUUUUCCUCCCUCUGUGCCUGAGCCCAUGUUCUGGGGACAGCCUGGAAGCCUGGAGCCUCUUCCUGAGGGGGAGCUGGGCCCUGGUGGCACCUCUUAGGGUGUCCCUGGGAUAGCCAGCCAGUCAUGUCUCUGGGACUCUGCAGAAUGGCAUAGAGGAGGCAUUCUAAGCAGACAGAGCCAGGCUUGCUGUGGGAUCCUGACAACCAAGCACUGGUAAAAGUGUGUGAAGGGGACCCUUGUUCCUGAAGGAGGGACCAUGGCUUCCAUGUUGCUCACCCAGAGGCUCAUCUGCAGCUUCCAGCACAACUACCGCCUGAUUGUGCCGGGAUCCAGACAUAUCAGUCAGGCUGCAGCCAAAGUCGACGUUGAAUUUGAUUAUGAAGGGCCUUUGAUGAAGACAGAAGUCCCAGGGCCCAGAUCUCGGGAGUUAAUGAAACAGCUGAAUAUAAUUCAAAACGCAGAGGCUGUGCAUUUCUUCUGCAAUUACGAAGAGAGCCGAGGCAAUUACCUGGUCGACGUGGAUGGCAACCGGAUGCUGGAUCUUUAUUCUCAGAUCUCCUCUGUCCCCAUCGGUUACAGCCACCCUGCUCUCAUGAAACUCGUCCAACAGCCUCAAAACGCGAGCACGUUCAUCAACAGACCUGCCCUGGGAAUCCUGCCCCCAGAGAACUUUGUGGAGAAGCUGCGGGAGUCCUUGCUCUCCGUGGCUCCUAAAGGAAUGUCCCAGCUCAUCACCAUGGCCUGCGGCUCCUGCUCCAAUGAAAACGCCUUCAAGACCAUCUUCAUGUGGUACCGGACCAAGGAAAGGGGUCAAACGGGUUUCUCCAAAGAGGAGUUGGAGACAUGCAUGAUCAACCAGGCCCCUGGCUGCCCCGACUACAGCAUCCUGUCCUUCAUGGGUGCAUUCCACGGGAGGACCAUGGGUUGCUUAGCGACCACACACUCCAAAGCUAUUCACAAGCUCGACAUCCCUUCCUUCGACUGGCCCAUCGCACCGUUCCCACGGCUGAAGUACCCCCUGGAAGAGUUUGUGAAGGAGAAUCAACAGGAAGAGGCUCGCUGCCUAGAAGAGGUGGAGGAUCUGAUCGUGAAAUACCGGAAAAAGAAGAAGACGGUGGCCGGGAUCAUCGUGGAACCCAUCCAGUCCGAGGGCGGAGACAACCACGCAUCUGAUGACUUCUUCCGGAAGCUGAGAGACAUCUCCAGGAAGCAUGGCUGUGCCUUCCUGGUGGAUGAGGUCCAGACGGGAGGGGGCUGCACCGGCAAGUUCUGGGCCCACGAGCACUGGGGCUUGGACGACCCUGCAGAUGUGAUGACCUUUAGCAAGAAGAUGAUGACGGGGGGUUUCUUCCACAAGGAGGAGUUCAGGCCCAAUGCUCCUUACCGGAUCUUCAACACCUGGCUGGGGGACCCAUCCAAGAACCUGCUGCUGGCCGAGGUCAUCAAUGUCAUCAAGCGGGAGGACCUGCUGAAUAAUGCCGCCCAUGCCGGGAAGGCCCUGCUCACCGGGCUACUGGACCUCCAGGCCCGGUACCCCCAGUUCAUCAGCAGAGUGAGAGGACGAGGCACAUUCUGCUCCUUUGACACUCCAGAUGAGUCCAUCCGGAAUAAACUCAUUUUGAUAGCCAGAAACAAAGGCGUGGUGUUGGGGGGCUGCGGGGACAAAUCCAUUCGUUUCCGUCCCACUCUGGUCUUCAGGGAUCACCACGCACACCUGUUCCUCAAUAUUUUCAGUGACAUCUUAGCCGACUUCAAGUAACAAAGCCAUUUCCACUACGCUCUGGGGAAGCCCCGAUCUCAACAGUUGUCAAAUUGAUUAGUUUGCCUAAUUCAUGUUUUCACUUAAAGGAUCAGAGGUGGAUGCAUCAAUGGAAGGGUGGUAGGUGGGGAGGGGACGUUUUUUGGUGGCUUGUGGGGAGGGGUGAGAAGGGGGUGCUGGUUUGGGUUUUCCUCCCUGCAGAGCCAAUGGUGCCCCUUGGUUUAAGCCCAGAAAUUCUGCUUGAGCCCCGGACAGUCUCAUGAUGGGUCAUGAGAGUUGUGGCCAUAUAUGUCUGCCCUUGACCCCAACAAUUUCUUUGGAAGCCAGUAAAGGGAAUGACACCUGCUCCUGGGACUGAUGGCUGGGUCUCCUGGGUCCUUCUCAAGUGCCAUAUUCUGUGGUCAAGGAUGCUGGCUCCCUCGCAAACAAACAUGCCCGCCCCCUCUCACCCAGCUCCCGGAGCUCUGAACAUGUCUCAUGCACAGUUCAAUGAAGGACAGGACCGAUCAUACGAAGGCAGGACAGUGGGGACAUUAGGACUGAGCCAGGCCUCCUGAAGCCUUGGACCACGCCUCUCAGCGCAUCUGGGGGUUCCUCUAAACUGUGAAUUCUGUCCUUGACGGAGCUUUGCCCUUGGAGAAUCUCCAGGUGGCAUCACUGAUGGUUCUUACUUGCCAUCCUCCAUUCCCCAAACUGUUAAAUUCCCCUCUGUUAAAUGUCAAACCGAGACCUCUGGGAAGAAAACUGCAGCGUGAGCAGGGGGCACAAAAGGUCACAAGCACAAGCCAGUCUCCCAGGAGCAUGAGCCCAGGGCCUGGGGCGACUUCCUCCUGUCUCCCAGGUGUCUGGGGUCUGCCUUUUGGACCCCUCGCCCAGGAGGCUCUUUCUCUAGCUUUGGUUCAUGCACCUUUGCUCCACUUCUGAGCAGCCCUAGGAAUAGCUUUGCUGUCCCAUCAGACCAGUCAGUUACUAAAUUAGAUUUCUUCUCGAGGGAAGCGUCAUGAAUUAAAGGCACCAGAGUUCCGUGCAGGGAAAAAAAAAAAAAACCAGCCUGUUGGCUCAAGGCGGUUUCCUUGCACCUUGCCACUCCAAAUUAGAGAUUUUCCUGCCGUGAAUGAGUGUGGAGAUUACCAGGCACCUAGUACUUAAAGGCUUCAUUGCACUAUGGCUGAGGCAUCUGGUAGUCCUACAGCAAUAAAGGAUUGUUUAGUGACAGUUUGGCUUGUGUUCUGUCCAGAAGGAAGGCCACUUCAUCUCCCAGUGCCUUGGUUGACCGUCUGGGGAGAUGAGCAUUUCAAAGGCCUCCAUUCAGCACUUCGCUCUUUUAGUAACUAAUCAUCCAAAGACCUCAAAGGGAUUUUUUUUUUCAGCUUCCACUCUUCAUCAAACUUGGUCAUCGACCUGUUUUUGUUGAGAACGGAAAGGCACGAACAUGUCUAACAGACACAGACAGAUCCAUGAAUUCACUUUGCAUCCUUGAAGUCAGGGCUAACCCGUUGCAUUAAAGGCAUUCCACAGUGUUUCCUUAUUCAAUAAUUCAUUCAUGAAACUUGCAUUAAUUACCUGCCCUGUCCCAGGCCCAGUGCCGAGCACUAGGAGGACAAACCUGAAAUAAAACAUAGUCCCUGCUCUCGAGGGAUUCACAAUCUACUGUGCACAACAGACUCUUAAGCCAACAAUGAAAGCUGAGUGGCAAGUGCUGUAACAGAGGUAUUUGUAGAAGCAUCAGGAAAUUGGAAGGAGUGCCCUAAUCCGCCUAAGGGAGGUUUCAAGGAGACAGUGACAUUUGAGCAAGGUUUUGCAGAAUGAGCAGGAGUUCGCCAAACAGACAAGGCAAGGAAGAGUGUUGCAGAAAGGGAACAGCAUAUGCAAAGACACAUCAGUUCUCACACCUUUCUCGGGGGAUCCGGAUUCCACAGGCAGUAGCCCAAAAUUCAAGGCCUUAUUUAACAAACAAGCAAAAUGCAAACCAAACCAUAAUGCAUAUUUAUUGGUGUGGGUAUGCGUUCUCCUGAGAACUGUGGCACUGGAUGCAAACACACAGUAAGGUUCCUGGAACCCAGAAGGGUUUUAAUCCAGGGCACAACCAGAAACGUGGCUCUUUGGUGGAGAGAGUGGCUCCAAUAUUUUGUUCUCUCCCCAGGGGGAAUUAACAGAGAAGUGAAACCACUUUAUCUGGAAAGUCAUUUCCAGACUUAUUCAGUCCUUACCAAAGGGAAGUUAUUCUCGUAAAACUUUUUAAGCCAUUUAUCAAGUUCUUGUUGACUCAGGGCAUGACGAGUUCCUGAGACAUCUGCUUUUGGGGGUGGGGGAGCCUAGCUGGAAGAAUGUCAUGGAAAAGAAUUCUCAGCAGAGCUCAAGAUUCGUAGGAACUGGAAGAAGGUUGGUGAAAAGACAGCGGACCCGGCAGACAGGUCGCCGUCGAGGGCAGAGCCCAGGGAGAAGCGCUUCUGUGGCCGACGGUCUGGAAGUGAAUCCAUCAUACAUUAGUGCUAUAGAGUUUAGUGAAUGUCUCUAGCAAACCUUGUCACUUUUAUAGAAAACAAGGUCCAGUGAUAUAGCAAGUCUUAGCACAUCCUCCCUUUUAUUAUAAAUGGGUGUUUUUUAUAAUUUUUACUGACACUCAGUAACCAUGCAAAAUUGUGCACAACAUUUAUCUAUCUAUCUAUCUAUCUAUCUAUCUAUCUAUCUAUCUAUCUAUCAGCUCAUGGUAAAAAACCAUAGCUAGGAAGCAUCAGCGACUUACGCAUACAAAGUGAUCUUGUUUACAGUAUUCUGUUGAGAGUGCCAAUAAAUGAUAAAUUAACAUGUCACAAUGUAACCGAUGACCAGAUGCACAAUUCCAUGAAUUAAAUGUGUUUCCCUUGUUAAUCACUAUUGUUAAAUUUAAAAAAAAUAUAUUUAUAAUGGAAACCUCA